GACACACUGUGGCACUCGUCAGAUGAGAUCAGUAUUUGCAGAGGCAGACCGCGCUUCCUCAGUUGCAAGAGCUCUGCCUGACCUCUGUUGUAAAUGUGAAAGUGUUGGUUUGAGUUAACGUACAGUACCUGCUUGCCGGCUGCAGACACGGGAUGAUCAGCAAAGUUAAAAACGCAAUGUCGAGUUUCGUCGGAGGGGUCCGGGCGAACAGCCAUCACCGCGGCUCUGGCUCCGCUCACGGGCACGAAGGAGAAGCGUUGCCCCCGAGGUUUCCGUACUCCCGACCCGAGUUUUUGGAGCUUACACCUGAAGAUUUGCAGUACUCCGCUGAUCACACCAGGAGACCUGUUUUAACCUCCGGGGCAGAUCGGAAACUGCUGUGGAAUUCAGGAUACUCCGAAGUAAUCAACGCUGGAAAGAGCCCCUUGAAUGAAGACCAAGCCUGCUGCAGGGUGGUGUGUGUGGAGAAGGGGGCUCCCAGGGAGCGCAGUGGCGCACUCCAAGCCAGGGAGGAUGAGGCGAAUGGGGUCUGGUUUAAUUUCUGGGGUUUGUUCGAUGGCCACGCUGGUACAGGGGCUGCGAUUAUGGCCUCCAAGUUUCUGCAUCUCCACAUUUGCAAUGAGCUGCUGGAGAUUGUGGAGCUGCUCCUCAACCCCACCGUGGCCCCUUCGAUCAUCCUGGGGGAGGAAGCCAGACCCCUGUCUUCAGAGCCCAGGAACACAUCAUCCCAGGAGGAGGGGAGCGGCGCCCAGCCGGUGGAACGGUUUCACCAGGAGAAAGCAGUGUCGCUGGAGAGCCUGAUCAUCGGUGCAAUAGAGAACGCUUUCAAACAGAUGGAUAAGCAGAUCGAAAGGGAAAGGAGCGCUUACAGUAUCACAGGGGGCUGCUGCGCCCUGGCUGUGCUUUAUAUGAUGGGGAAGCUGUAUGUAGCGAAUGCAGGAGACAGCAGGGCUAUUAUCAUCCGAAACCAAGAAGUCAUCCCAAUGUCCAGUGAGUUUACCCCCGAAACUGAGAGGCAGCGGCUGCAGUAUUUAGGCUUCUUGAAACCGGAGCUCCUCGGGAAUGAGUUCACACACAUGGAGUUUCCACGGAGGAUCCAGCACAAGGAGCUGGGGAAGAAGAUGCUGUUUCGAGAUCACACAAUGACUGGCUGGGCGUAUAAGACCAUCGAGGAGGAAGAUCUGAAGUUCCCACUUAUUUACGGAGAAGGCAAACGGGCGAGGGUGAUGGCAACAAUAGGAGUGACUCGAGGGCUCGGGGAUCAUGACCUGAAAGUCUACAACUCCAACAUCCACAUCAAACCCUUUCUGUCCUGCUGUCCAGAGGUACAGGUGUAUGACGUCACUCAGAACCAGCACAGCCCUGACGAUGUUCUAGUGCUGGGCAGUGAUGGAUUGUGGGAUGUCACCACAGACAGGGAAGUGGCGGACGCAGUCAGCAGUUUCCUGUCACAGUUUGAAUCCAGUGACCCCAUGAGGUACUCCUUGGCUGCCCAGGAUCUUGUGAUGAGGUCACGCGGAGUGCUGAAGGAUCAAGGGUGGAGGCUAGCCAAUGACAGGCUGGGAUCCGGGGAUGACAUCACAGUGUUUGUGAUCCCGUUGGCCAGCCAGUGCCGGGAGAGCUGAGAGCACUUUUGUAAUGACUGGUGAAGCCCGUGCAUGGCCGGGUUUUUUGUAACAGGCCUGCCUGUGUUAAGUGAUGGCAGUGAUUCUGAAGAUCGUGCUGAAGCUGUACCGUGUUCUUACCCUCGGCUCCAUGUUCACAUCAUUCUUGUAAGCUUCUCGCUGAUUUAAGCAGCCUCACUUUUGACCCUGUGUUUUAGACUCACUGUAAGUGCUGGAGGUGCUUAACAUUGUUCCAAAGAUGCUUGACACAUAGCUGAUUCAUUAGUUAAUCUUAUAGUAACCUAACAGCCUCCCUCUGCUCUGUGCUGGUGGAGCAGAGAAAGGGAGGCUCUUAUACUGUCAUAAAAGCCUCCCUUCGCUCUGUGCUGGUGGAGCAGAGAAAGAGAAAGGGAGGCUCUUAUACUGUCAUAACAGCCUUCCUCCGCUCUGUGCUGGUGGAGCAGAGAAAGAGAAAGGGAGGCUCUUAUACUGUCAUAAAAGCCUCCCUCCGCUCUGUGCUGGUGGAGCAGAGAAAGAGAAAGGGAGGCUCUUAUAUUCUCUGAACAGCCUCCCUCUGCUCUGUGC